GCCACCUAUAAUAGUCAACAACUGAUAAAUAUAUUUUGAAAACAGGUUUAAACCCUCCGCUCUGCGAACCCCAACUCUCUUCAUCUAUUAUACGCAUCCGCAUCUGUAGCAGUUGCCUCGCUAGUUUUGUCCGCUUUAGUAGAGCUUUCGGAAUCGUUUGUUGUUGUUGAUUGAUGAUGAUCUUUUAAAUCAUCAUAAAGGAGUCAAAUAUUUCAAAUCAAAUUAAAAAUGCUUUACAUUUACAUGUGCUGUAGCUAACAAGUGUCCCAGUGUGUUUGUAUGUGUAUGUGUGUGUGCCUGUGUGUAUAUCUUUUUUAAUUAAUUGUUAUUUGUUAAAUUUAUAUAUAUGCAUACAAACGCAAUCCCAACCCAUACAUAGAGUGUAUAAAAAAGAGAAGAAAAAAAAAACAAGAAACAAGAAAAGAUCAGCGAUUGAACGAUUCGAACGGAUCGCAUUCAUAUACACAUAUAUGUAAUUGAUUAUAAUCUAUGAAUAGGAGCAGCAGUACCUGUAUCUGUAUCUGCAUUUGCAUCUGAUUCAAAUUCAAAUUUGAAAGUAGAGAUUAUAUACAUUUCGAUUUGUGUGUUGUUUUUUUUUUUUUAAAUAACCAUAAUGGAAAUUUGGCGCUCGCUAACAGUCGGCGCAUUUCUAUUACUGGGACUCGUUUGCUUCUAUGGCUAUGUGGAAUCGUGCAAUGAAGUCGUCUGCGCAUCAAUCGUAUCCAAAUGCAUGCUCACGCAGAGCUGUAAAUGUGAGCUCAAGAACUGCUCCUGCUGCAAGGAGUGUCUCAAAUGUCUGGGCAAGAAGUACUAUGAGGAAUGUUGUAGCUGUGUCGAACUAUGCCCAAAACCCAACGACACAAGAAACUCGCUGUCAAAGAAAUCGCACGUAGAGGAUUUCGAUGGAGUACCAGAGUUGUUUAACGUUUGGGCCACUGGGCCGGAAGAUAGUGAACUUGAAUGGGAUGUUUUCACAUUUCAAGUUGAUUUCGAUAAGGUUUUGGCUGGUCCCAAACUGGAGAAAGAUGUUAAUUACUAUCGAAAAACAAAUGACAAAAAUCUAGACGAGGCCAUAAAGGAGCGAGAUAAUAAUAUUGUGACUGUUAAUUGUACUGUCAUAUAUAUGGAUCAGUGUGUCUCGUUGAAUAAAUGUCGCCAAAGUUGUCAAUUAACAGGCGCCAGUAGCUACAGAUGGUUUCACGAUGGCUGCUGCGAGUGCGUAGGAUCGACGUGUAUAAACUACGGUGUAAAUGAAAGUCGCUGUCGUCAUUGUCCAAAGGAUGAUUUUGAUGAAAAUAUUGAUGAAGAAAUGCAGGAUUUUGGUGAAAAUAUGGGCCCAUUUGAUGGCUCUGUGAAUAGUAACUAUUGAGGGGAAGCAACAAAAUGCCAUUCAAUGAACAGAACAAACGCAAUUUAACAAAAUUUAGUUACUCAAUUCAGUGACAUUAUUAAUGUGUAGUACGAAAUAAUAUUUGUAUAGUUUAUUAUUAUUAUUUUAUUUUUAUAUAUUUUAAAAUAAUAGACACUUCAUUGUUUUACAUGCAUAUAUAAAAGUAUACAUAAUUUUUUUUUUUUUAAGUAAAAAUAAAGAACCUUUAAUCUGAUCAAAUGUAAA